AUGGCUCAAACACCAGCUUCUUCAGAAGAAGUUGACAAGUUUUUUCGACAUUAUUUCAAGGUUCACAUAAUCAAUGGAUUUAAGAGCAAUGAAAAGCCUUUUAUUAUUCAUUGUUAUUCACAUGACGAUGAUCUCGGAGAGCAUACCCUUUGGAUGAAAGGUGAAUUCAAGUUUAAAUUUGGUGUACACAUGAUUAUACCACCUACUUAUUUCUGGUGCGACAUGCAAUGGGGCACAAAGAAGAAGAGAAUCGAUGUUUUCACCAUGGAUACUGAAGCUGCUCUCUGCAGUGACACUGGGAAUUGCUUUUGGCUUGUUAAAGAGACUGGAUUCUAUUUAAGCAAGGAUCAAAAUCAAUGGGUGAAGAUGUACUACUGGCCAUUUGAUGUGUAA